AUUUUUUUCCCAUUUCUCCUCAGGCACACUAUGAUGCUCCUCAAACACCGUAUAAAUUUUCUGAAAAAGAGACCCCGUGUAGUUAAAAAGAAGACAGCCAUAUCUAUCAAAUGCAACACAAGGCAGCUUCCACUUGAAAUCCAAGAAAUUAUAUGUUUUAUGGUAUUGGGCGAAGAUAAUUCGAGUUCGUUUGCUUUAACAGCAAUGAGAGUAUGCAAGACAUGGGCAAGCUUAGUUUGUGAACGUAUGUAUAGACAGUAUCAGUUUCAAAACUACCUUCAAUUUAUUGGAUUUGUAAAUACAAUUUCUCUCGAAAAUCCAAUUCUUCCCUACAAUUUGUAUGUGAAAGAUAUUGACCUCGCACCAGUAAACAAAUAUGGUGUAGAUGUCCGAGUUCGGAAAUUGAUCAAGUACUGCCCAAACAUCGUUACCAUUACUCUUGGCCAUAUCACUAGCGUUAAAGCCGAUACACUUCAAUUGAUGGCUCGAUACUGCCGAACUGUGCAUACGCUUCAGAUGGGUGGAAUACAAAGCUUCCCAUUCAUGUUUGAUUGUGAUUUCUCAGGUAUGACAGGUUUACGGAACUUGUCUUUGACUACAACACCUUUGCAAACAUCAUCACUGCAAUCAUUACCAACCUCAAUUCGCCACUUACAGCUGGUCCAAAUGGAUUCGAUUCAACUUGCCGAACUUUCUGACUUUUUAGGCCGUCAUUCCAAGUUAAUCACGCUUUCAAUUCGCCGCUGCAAACACAUUACGAAUAACUUUGCGCAAUUGAUGGCGCAAUUGCCCCUUCUAAAAGAGCUUGAAGUGUAUGGCCCAGAAAUAAAUGACUCUGCUCUUAGAGGACUCUUUGAUAUACCCGCUGUUCUGCACACUUUAAGAAUCUGUCAUACCCAGAUCACAGAUUCCACCUUGGAUGCUUUGACCAAUGGCCGCCUUGUGAUACAUCAUUUGAACAUUUCCAACAAUGCCAAUGUUACAAAAAUUGGAAUCGAACAAUUGUUACGAACAAAGCAACUAAAAUUAAUUGCUUAAAGAUAUCAUGUCUGAACAAUGAGGACAAAAUUUUUAUCUGAUUGAAUUUUUAUACGAUAAUAAUAAAUUGAUUCUGUUUAUUAUACCCCUUUU